AUGACGGGCGUGCGGCCGUGUGCGGCCGAGCAGCGCGGGUCCCGGGAGGGCGGCGGCGGCGGCGGCGGCGGCGUGGGGGCAGCGGACGGCAUGAGCGGGGCGGGGGGCGCAGGCCGGGCACUGGCCGCGCUGCUGCUGGCCGCGUCCGUGCUGAGCGCCGCGCUGCUGGCCCCCGGCGGCUCCCCGACGUCAGACUUAGGGAAAAAAAGGCGCUUGGAGCUGAAGAUGGACCAGGCUUUGCUGCUCAUCCAUAAUGAACUGCCUGGGACAAACUUGACGGUCUCCUGGAAUUUCGAUCGCUGUUAUCAUUGCCUGCUCCAGGUCCUGGUCGACGUCUCCCAGAGCAGGAAACCCGGGGAGCCCAGCAUUGAGGCUGUAGCUGUGAGCACCCAGCACGGAUCCAUCCUGCAGCUUAAUGACACUGCGGAGGAGAAGCAAGUUUGUAGGCUGGAAUACAAAUUUGGAGAAUUUGGAAACUAUUCUCUCUUGGUAAAGCACACCCAUGAUGGAGUCAAUGAAAUUGCAUGUGACCUGGUCGUUAAUGAGAAGCCAGUUGACAGUAACCUUCCUGUGAGUAUCGCGUUCCUUGUCGGCCUGGUGCUCAUCAUUGUGGUGUCCUUUCUAAGGUUCUCGCUGAGCUUGGAAGACUGUCAUGAUUGGAUUUCUAAAGCCAUAAAUUCUCAGGAAACUGAUGGCCUCAUCAAUUCUGAGCUGGGGUCUCCGAGCAGGGCGGGCGACCCCCCACCAGAGGCCUGGCGUCCGUCGGCGGCCCCCCUGCGCCUCCGCUGCGUGGACACGUUCCGCGGGAUCGCUCUCAUCCUCAUGGUCUUCGUGAACUACGGAGGCGGGAGAUACUGGUACUUCAAGCACGCGAGCUGGAACGGGCUGACGGUGGCUGACCUUGUGUUCCCGUGGUUUGUGUUUAUUAUGGGAUCUUCGAUCUUUCUGUCAAUGACUUCCGUUCUGCAGCGGGGAUGCUCAAAAUUCAGAUUGCUGGGGAAAAUUGCGUGGAGGAGUUUCCUGUUAAUCUGUAUAGGAAUCGUCAUUGUGAACCCCAAUUAUUGCCUUGGUCCACUGUCCUGGAAGAAGGCGCGCAUCCCCGGCGUGCUCCAGCGGCUCGGGGGCACCUACUUUGUGGUCGCCGUGUUGGAGCUGCUCUUUGCCAAGCCCGUGCCUGAGAUCUGCACCUCGGAGAGAAGCUGCUUUUCUCUGCUGGACGUGACAUCCAGCUGGCCCCAGUGGCUCUUCAUCCUGAUGCUGGAAGGCGUUUGGCUGGCCUUGACCUUCUUCUUACCUGUUCCAGGAUGCCCUACCGGCUAUCUGGGCCCCGGGGGCCUCGGAGAUUGGGGCAAGUAUCCGAAUUGCACGGGAGGCGCUGCCGGCUACAUUGACCGCCUGCUCCUGGGAGACCAUCACCUCUACCAGCAUCCUUCCUCGGCUGUGCUUUAUCACACCGAGGUGGCCUACGAUCCAGAAGGCAUCCUGGGGACCAUCAACUCCAUCGUGAUGGCGUUUUUAGGAGUUCAGGCAGGGAAAAUACUCCUGUAUUACAAGGAUCAGACCAAAGGCAUCCUGAUCAGAUUCGCUGCCUGGGGUUGUUUUCUUGGGUUUAUUUCUGUUGCUUUGACAAAGGCUUCCGAAAAUGAAGGCUUUAUUCCAGUAAACAAAAACCUCUGGUCCGUCUCCUAUGUCACCACGCUGAGCUCCUUUGCCUUCUUCAUCCUGCUGGUCCUGUACCCCGUUGUGGACGUGAAGGGGCUGUGGACGGGAACCCCGUUCUUCUACCCUGGAAUGAACUCAAUCUUGGUGUACGUGGGCCACGAGGUCUUCGCCAACUACUUCCCCUUCCAGUGGAGGCUGGGGGACAACCAGUCACACAAGGAACAUCUCGUUCAGAACAUAGUUGCCACUGCGCUCUGGGUGCUCAUCGCUUACGUUCUCUAUAAGAAGAAGGUGUUUUGGAAGAUCUGAGGCCCCAGCUGAGACGUGUUGCUGGCAGAUGACAGGGCCUGGGGCAUCAUGAAAAGGAGCCAUUCGUUAUAAAACUGCGUAUUUCCAGGUUAUUGGGGGAGAUGCGGACGUGCUCAGUCUGGUUGAUUAUCGGACGUGGCUCAUCCGACUCUGUGUACGUGAGCCUCAGACAUCUGAAACGUAAUUGUCUUUUCUCUCCAUCUUCUGUAGAAAUGGAUGCCUUUGCAGCUUCAUUCUAAGGAUUUCUCCUUUCAUUUUUCACAAGGGAGUUAACCAGGCCAUUUUGCUUCUGUGACCACCUAAGGUCUGACCUUACUGAUCCUCUUUCCUGCAGACUGUCUUUCUGUGCUGGUCCACGCCGACCAAGAUACCACCAUUUCUGUUGUGUCUGACUGUGAACAUAGUCUAAUAUAUUUCAGUUACGUACAGUUUAGUAUUUCAAGAAAUUCCAAGUAAUCUCCUUUCAGAUCUGUAAGGAACUGGUGGGUCCAAAAAAAUGCCUUUCUGUCAGAAGCCAUUUUCUCCUUUUCCUCACUUGAAAAACAAGUGAAACAGUAGAUGUGUUAUUCCCAGCCACCCUUGCAUAUACCUAUCUCUCUACCCAGCCACCUCCUGCCUGUCUGUCUUUCUGUCUGUGUGUCUGGGUGGUAGCUGGUCCCCCAGGCCAUCCUCUGUCUCUAGGAAGAGAGAGAAGCUCAAGGUCUCGGCCGGGCUCCUGCUGUGGCGCCCUUGCCGGGUCAGACGCGAGGCAGGUCCCCUCACAACGAGGGACAUGGUGCUGCCCGCUCAGCUCCCCUCCAGCUCUGAGACCCAGUGGGGUGGGAGACAUCGGUGGCAUUUCUGAAAUCCUUAGAAAAAUAAUUUUGUUACAGAAAACUCUUCAAAAUAAACGAGAAGUUUAAAAAACUC